AUGCUGAGAAAUCAGACGAAUUAUACUGAAAGUGAUCGAACUUUAAGAAAACAAACACAGAGAAAUAGAAGAAAAUCAGCAAGUAAACGUUAUAAAUUACUUUUAACAUGUGUUGUCUGUAAUGGUGAUGCGCAUGGUUAUAAUUUUGAUGCGAUUUCAUGUGAAUCUUGCAAAGCUUUUUUUCGUCGAAAUGCAUUACGACCACCCGGAAAAUUAAAAUGUUGUGGUAAUGGAAAUUGUAAUAUAUCAUUUGAUCAAAGAAAACGAUGUAAAAAAUGUCGUCUAGAUAAAUGUCUUCAAACAGGUAUGCGUAAAGAAUGGAUACUUACUGAUAAAGAAAAACAAGAAAAACGAAUUAAAAUCGAACAAAAUCGUCGUCUUAAACAAAUUCAUGAUAAUGAUAACGAAUAUCAACAACAAAUAAAAAGAAGAUCUAAAACUGAUAGUGAAUUAUCUACAGACUUUCAAAACGUAUCAUCAUCCACUACUAUAUAUCAAACACUUUUGACCGAAAUUGAUUGGUCAAGGAUUAAACUUCUUCAACAUGCAUAUGCUGAAGCAGUUAAAUUAAAUCAAACAGCUGGUAUAUCACAAUAUCCAUUAAUUCAACCAAUUUAUUCAACAUUAGAAUUAUUUCGUGUACCACUUUAUAUAUCAUCAAUGCGUUUAAUAACUUUUUUUAAACAAAUACCUGAAUUUCAACAAUUAGAUAAAGAUGAACAAGUUUAUUUUGUUAAAUUAAAUACAUUAACUAUUGUUUUUUUACAUUCAAUAUUUAUAUAUGAUUAUCAUAAUGAAAUUUAUCAUGAACCUAAUACAAAUGAUCCAUUAUAUUUAGAAAUAGAUUGGAUGAAUACAAUUAAUAAAGAAUUUCAUUAUGAAAUGAAACAAAUUCAAAUGAAUUUUAUUAAUUUAAAACAAUUUGAUGAUAAUAUAAUGAAAAUAUUUUUUUUAAUUAUACUUUUUUCAAAUUAUUUUACAUUUCAAUAUUCAACAAUAAAUAUUAAUACAUUAAAUGUAUUUAAAACACAAAAUAUUUAUAAUGAAUUAUUAUAUAAAUAUUGUUUACAUCAUUAUGGUUUUAAUAAAGCAUCAUUAUUAUUUUUACAAUAUACUACUAAUAUAAUGAAAAUACAAAAAUUAAUAACUGAAUUUAAAUCUACAGCACAUAAUUAUAUAGAUAUAACACAAUUAACACCAGUGAUGCAGAGUCUUUUAUAA